UCCGUAUGUACAAGUCAAUGGAUUUGGUCAGUUAUAUUGAACAAGUGUAUGACUUCGUUUUGUUUUCUCAUAAAAUCUUUGUAGUACUCAUUUAGCUAACACAAUUCUUAAACAUUAAUUUUAACGAGUUGGCUACGGUAGUUAGUUAAAAAUUUAACGUAAUAAAAUAAGCUGUAUUAUAUUGUUUUUUAUUCGGCUCGAAGAGCGAAUUGUCUCGUAAGUCAACGAUGUUAAAAGCGAUUAUUCUUAUUGGGGGCCCGCAGAAAGGUACCAGAUUCCGCCCCCUGUCAUUCGAGGUGCCCAAACCACUGUUCCCAGUGGCAGGAGUCCCCAUGGUACAGCAUCACAUAGAAGCCUGUGCCCAAGUUCCAGACGUCAAAGAGAUAAUACUAAUAGGUUUUUAUCAGCCCAAUGAGGAGCUAAACCGUUUUAUUUCUUCAGCUCAGCAAGAGUUUAAAAUCACUAUCAGGUACCUGCAAGAGUUUUCUGCUCUGGGAACAGGUGGUGGGAUAUAUCACUUUCGCGAUCAGAUCCUGUCUGGAGGGCCGGAUGCAUUCUUCCUCAUGAACGCUGAUGUGUGCUCAGAGUUCCCCUUGCAGGAAAUGCUCCGGUUUCACCGCCAACAUGGGGAAAGUCAUUGUGGAGUCAUGCUUGGAACCACAGCUAACAGAACACAAGCUCUGAACUAUGGCUGCAUUGUGGAAAACCAGAAAACAAAUGAGGUGCUCCAUUUUGUGGAGAAACCCAGUACGUUUGUAAGUGAUAUUAUCAACUGUGGUAUCUAUUUGUUCACACCAGAUAUUUUCAGUCAUAUUGGGAAGGUUUUCCAGAAGAACCAACAAGAAAGAAUCCAAGAAGAGCUCACGUAUGGCAGACAGAUGCCGGAGGUGAUUCAUCUGGAACAGGACAUCUUUACAUCCUUAGCAGGACUGAAAAAACUCUAUGUCUACAAAACACAACAUUUCUGGAGUCAAAUUAAGUCUGCAGGGUCAGCAAUAUAUGCUAGUCGUUUAUAUCUCAACCGGUAUCAUCAGACACAUCCUGAAAGACUGACAACAAACCAAGAGGGAAAACCAAAAAUAAUAGGAGAUGUUUAUAUCCACCCUACAGCUAACAUUGAGCCUACAGCUGUGCUGGGUCCUAAUGUUUCCGUUGGGAAAGGGGUGACGAUUGGAGGCGGUGUAAGAGUGAGGGAGUCCAUCAUUUUACAUGGAGCUGUAUUACAGGACCACUGCUGUGUUUUGAACAGUAUAGUUGGGUGGGACAGUACAGUGGGGAAGUGGGCAAGAGUGGAGGGAACGCCAAGUGACCCAAACCCCAACGACCCUUAUGCCAAGAUUGACAGCGAGACACUGUUCAGGGAUGGAGGUCUAACUCCAUCCAUCACAAUUCUUGGCUGCAAUGUGAAUAUUCCGUCAGAGGUCAUUAUUAGAAACUCAAUCGUCUUGCCUCAUAAAGAUCUCAACAGGAGCUUCAAGAACCAGAUUAUUCUAUAGAACAAAGUCUUCAAUUGUCUUCUUCCGUCUAUUAUAGGCAAAAUAAAAAUCAUAUACACAAGAUCUUAGCAAUAAAGACAAUAAUCGUAUGCCCGGUUUCACAGAAAGAGCUUAGUUUAAGCCAAGACUAACCCUUAGUUAAAUUUAGUAGCCUUUAUAAAAAUGCCUUAAAAGGAAACAUUACUGGUGUGCAUCUUAAGACAAAACUAUUUCACUGACAUAUUUUAAGAUAUUUUAGGGCAAGUUGUUUUCAGUUAUGACAGCUAAAACAUUAAUUUUAUUCUGGGACUAGCCUUAAGCCUUGCAUGUGAAACCGGGCAUUUGUCUAGUAGUCCAUAUGAUCUUCCUCAAUAAAUUCUGUACAUUAUGUGACAUAGUAUUUAGUCUACAGACACUAAAUGUUGUUUAAUGUGUAUCAUUAUUUAGCAUUUAUCAGUUUUGUAUUUGUUAUGCACAAUUCACAGAAAAGGAGACUUAUGUGAAUAUUAUUGCAAUAAUUCAUGGUGCAGAACAUUCAGAAAUUCAUAUUUUAUUCUAUGCUUAGGGGCUGGCCUUAUUUACUUACACUAACACAACACUAUAUUUGUGGAUCUUAUUUGUAUAUUACUUGUUUGUACAUUUAGUUUUAUAAGGAAACCUGUCUGCAAUUGUAUGACAUUUAUUUUGUAAUAACAUGUAUUCUUCAUUAACCUGAAAUCAUUACACUGUACUUUAAAGUGAUUUUGCACUCGACCUAACUAAUAAAAGUUUAAUUAUUAACACAUU